AUGAUCGCCAUUUUUCUCCACUCGUUCCCUCUCUCUAUCUCCAUUCUUGAUAUCAGUAGUUUGUAGAGUGAGAAAGUGGGGAGAGUAUCAAUAACAAUGGCAGCUUCAUCUUUCUCUGCCACGAGCUACAUUUCAAAAUCAAGCAUAGUCGAUUCCAGUUUCAAUAGCGAACACUCCAAAAAUUUGUUGUUGUUGAAGUUCAAAUUGAGCAGGAGGAUACGCCCUAGAGGAAGGAAUUUCGCUGUGACUAACGUCGCUAGCAGAAAUCAACGGCUUCAAAAAUCUCCAGAUCAGUCGAUUCAAGAAACAACAGAUGCUUUAGAUAAUGGGAUUCUUGUUCCUGAUUCUGAAUCUGUUAUAUCAAGCAUCAAAUACCAUGCAGAGUUCACACCAUCAUUCUCUCCAGAAAAAUUUGAGCUUCCAAAAGCAUACUAUGCUACUGCUGAAAGCAUUCGUGAUAUGCUCAUCACUAAUUGGAAUGCUACAUACAAUUUCCAUGAAAAGAUGAAUGUGAAGCAGGCUUAUUACUUAUCUAUGGAGUUUCUUCAGGGCAGAGCAUUGCUAAAUGCCAUUGGUAAUUUAGAGCUUUCAGGAGCUUAUGCUGAGGCUUUAACGAAUCUGGGUCAUGAUCUGGAGGAUGUUGCUAGGCAGGAGCCUGAUGCAGCACUUGGAAAUGGUGGUUUAGGUCGACUUGCCUCCUGCUUUUUGGACUCCUUAGCAACACUUAAUUACCCUGCAUGGGGUUAUGGUCUUCGUUACAAAUAUGGACUUUUUAAGCAACUCAUUACAAAAGAUGGUCAAGAAGAAGUUGCAGAAAACUGGCUUGAGAUGGGAAAUCCAUGGGAAGUACCAAGGAAUGAUGUCUCUUAUCCUAUAAAGUUUUAUGGUGAAAUUGUCAAGGGCAAAGAUGGACAUAAGACAUGGGUUGGUGGAGAAGAUAUUAUUGCUGUUGCAUAUGAUGUGCCAAUACCUGGGUAUAAAACCAAAACAACUAUCAACCUACGAUUAUGGUCAACAAAAGUUGGACCAGAAAAUUUCGAUUUACAUGCUUUUAAUGAUGGAAAUCAUGCCAAAGCUUAUGAAGCCCUAAAAAAAGCAGAGAAGAUUUGCUACAUUUUAUACCCUGGAGAUGAAUCACUUGAAGGGAAAACUCUUAGAUUGAAGCAACAAUAUACACUCUGUUCUGCUUCUCUUCAAGAUAUAAUUGCACGAUUUGAAAGGAGAUCAGGGGAGUCAUUAGAUUGGAAUGAAUUUCCUGAAAAAGUUGCUGUACAGAUGAAUGACACUCAUCCCACACUUUGCAUACCAGAGUUGUUGAGAAUAUUAAUGGAUUUUAAGGGUUUGGAAUGGAAAGAAGCAUGGGCAAUCACUCAAAGAACUGUGGCAUACACAAAUCACACUGUUCUACCUGAGGCUCUAGAGAAGUGGAGUUUGAAUCUUCUUCAGGAACUACUUCCUCGCCAUGUUGAGAUAAUAAAAAUGAUUGACAACGAGUUGAUUGAUACCAUCAUUGCUGAGUAUGGUACUGAAGACCUUGAAUUGCUGAAAGAAAAACUGAAGCAAAUGAGAGUUUUGGAAAACAUUGAACUACCUGCUUCCAUCUUGGAGUUUAUUGUUAAACCUGAAGAAAUCACCAUUGUUGAUUCACUUGAAGAAAAGAUUUCUGAAGAAGUAACAGAAUUACCAAAAACUGAAAAUAAUGAUCUCAAAGUGAAGGAGGAAAAGGAUGUUGAUAUUAGGGCAAAAGUGACAUUUGAUCCGGACCCAAAGCUUCCACAAAUGGUGCGAAUGGCUAAUUUAUGUGUAGUCAGUGGACACGCUGUCAAUGGGGUUGCAGAAAUCCAUACUGAAAUAGUGAAAAAUGAAGUGUUCAAUGACUUUUAUAAGCUAUGGCCUAAGAAGUUUCAAAAUAAGACAAACGGGGUGACACCAAGAAGAUGGUUGAGUUUCUGUAAUCCAGAGCUAAGUAAAAUCAUAACCAAGUGGACAAGAACAGAAGAUUGGGUGUUAAAUACCGAAAAGCUAAUUGAACUUAAAAAGUUUGCUGAUGAUGAAGAACUACAAUCCGAAUGGAGGAAAGCCAAAAGGAUGAACAAAGAGAGAACUGUGUCUUUUUUGAAGGAAAAAACCGGAUAUCUUGUCACCCCGGAUGCAAUGUUUGAUGUGCAGGUGAAGCGUAUUCAUGAAUACAAGAGACAGCUGUUGAAUAUCUUGGGAAUUGUUUACAGAUAUAAAAAGAUGAAGGAAAUGAGUGGCGAUGAAAGAAAAGAGAAAUUUGUUCCUCGAGUAUGUAUAUUUGGAGGAAAAGCAUUUGCUACAUAUGUUCAAGCCAAAAGGAUCGUGAAAUUCAUCAAUGAUGUUGGUGCUACUGUAAACCAUGAUCCUGACAUUGGAGAUCUCCUGAAGGUUGUGUUUGUCCCGGAUUACAAUGUGACAGUAGCAGAAGUUCUGAUUCCUGGAAGUGAUCUAUCCCAACACAUCAGCACUGCUGGAAUGGAGGCAAGUGGGACCAGCAACAUGAAAUUUGCAAUGAACGGGUGCAUCCAAAUUGGAACUCUGGAUGGUGCCAAUGUUGAAAUACGACAAGAAGUUGGAGAAGAAAACUUUUUCCUUUUUGGUGCUGAAGCUCAUGAAAUUUCUGGCCUACGCAAGGAGAGAUCCGAGGGGAAGUUUGUACCCGAUCCACGAUUUGAGGAGGUGAAGGAAUACGUGAGAAGUGGUGUUUUUGGGCGAUACAGUUAUGACGAACUCAUGGGAUCAUUGGAAGGGAAUGAAGGAUAUGGUCGUGCUGAUUAUUUUCUUGUGGGGAAAGAUUUUCCUGCUUAUAUUGAGUGUCAAGAGGAGGUUGAUAAGGCAUAUAGAGACCAAAACAAAUGGACAAAGAUGUCGAUCUUGAAUACUGCUGGUUCAUACAAAUUCAGUAGUGACCGGACUAUACAUCAAUACGCACGUGACAUUUGGAGGAUCGAACCUGUUGUAUUGCCAUAAUCAGAGGGGAAGUGAUCAAGUUUUGUACACGUUCUCAUGUUAUAAUAUGAAUCGUAGUUCAAUUCUUCUAUGUAACUUUAAUUCUAAGGUUUAUUUCAUAUUUAAAAGUUAUUAUUCUUAGUAAAAAUCUAUAGAAAG